GAAGCUCAUGUAUGACCUGUAUACUGUUUUACUCCAAGCUUUUACAACCGUGAAUUAUCAGAUACUGGGAUCACAACAGCGGUUUCACUGGGAUACAGAGCGAUCGGACGUUAUUGAAAACGAAGUAGAGUGAAAGUAGUGAAUAACAAUUAUGAGCAAAGUUUAGUAUUAGUAUGAAACCAUAUGCUCUCAUCGUGUUCAAUUUAUAACUUGGUUAAGAAGCAGGUCUGUGACAUUAAAAACACGCUGUGGAAGGGAGAAAACAAAUUCACACGCUGAGGACGACAGAAAACAUUUUCACUGAACGGAGCAUGUGAGCGACAGCCGUCCCCAUCACCGGUCAAAAUUUAACAAAACCUCAGACAGAUAGUUCUACAUUAUCAUCUGCUAACUCCGUCAGCAUGGCGAACACAAACCCUAGAAGGUUUAGAUUAUUAUGCCUCAAACCUUAAAAAAGGCAUACAAAUACACUGUAUUUUUUCUCCUGGAGGACUGUCAGUCAGUUACUGAAAACUAGGCUAUUGAUAUUUUACCCGGACUUACCAUGCUGUUCACUUGGGGUGCAUUUAUCCAAGCAUUCCUAAUUUUGCUGGUCAGGGCAAAUAGGAAAAGCCUAAGAGGCGCUACAAACUGUGAACUUAACAAGAAACAAACUGAAUUAAACUCAUUCUUGUGGACCAUCAAGAGAGACCCUCCAUCCUACUUCUUUGGCACUAUCCAUGUCCCCUACACUCGCGUUUGGGACUUUAUCCCUGAUAACUCCAAGAAAGCCUUUCAGGAGAGCAACAUUGUGUACUUUGAGCUGGACUUGACAGAUCCCUACACCAUCUCAGCCCUGACCAGCUGCCAGAUGCUGCCACACGGCGAGAACCUACAGGACGUAUUGCCCAGGGACAUUUACAGAAGGCUCAAGCGCCACCUGGAGUAUGUCAAGCUCAUGAUGCCUUCCUGGAUGACCCCUGACCAACGGGGUAAGGGGCUGUAUGCAGACUACUUAUUCAAUGCCAUUGCUGGGAACUGGGAAAGAAAGAGACCGGUUUGGGUCAUGCUAAUGGUGAACUCUCUGACAGAGGCGGAUAUUAAGACCAGGGGAGUGCCUGUUCUGGACCUUUACUUGGCCCAGGAGGCCGAGCGCAUGAGAAAGAAAACUGGCGCUGUCGAGAAAGUGGAGGAGCAGUGCCAUCCACUGAACGGACUCAACUUCUCUCAGGUGAUAUUUGCCCUGAACCAGACACUGCUUCAGCAGGAGAGUUUGCGAGCUGGCAGCCUUCAGGUGCCAUAUACCGCAGAUGACCUCAUCAAGCACUACAACUGUGGAGACCUCAAUUCCAUCAUAUUCAGCCAUGACUCGUCCCAAGUCCCCAACUUUAACAAUGUCACUAUGCCCCCCAGUGAGCAAAACACUGCCCAGGAGAUUGAUAGCUACUUCAGACAAGAGUUAAUUUACAAACGCAAUGAGAGGAUGGGGAAGAGGGUAAAAACACUGCUUGAAGAACAUCCAGACAAGAACUUCUUCUUUGCAUUUGGAGCUGGUCACUUCCUGGGCAACAACACAGUGAUUGAUGUGUUACGGAGAGAGGGAUAUGAAGUAGAGCAUACCCCCGCAGGGCAACCCAUUAACAGUGAGAAGAGCCAGAAGUCGCCCUCCUCUCCGCUCUUUACCCCCUACUCCACCGCCCAGGAGCUGGAGCAGGAGCCUCACUUGGAACCGUUCCGUCAAGAGCAGGACCAGGAGGACGAGCUGCUGCCCCACAUGCUGCUCCCGGACAGCCUAGACCUGCUCGAGAAGGUGGACCGCAAGUACAAGAAGAAACGCAGGAAGCAAAAUAAGAAGAGGCUUCGCCAGUUCAAUGACUUGUGGGUCCGGAUCGAAGAAAGCACCACAGUUGCACCACCCCGUCCGCUGGUACGCAUCAUAAAUGGAUAUAUAACAGUGGAGCCCUUUGUCCACGGGCAUGGAAGAUCCGAACACAUCAGGACGUAUGUGGACUCCGCCUCACUACCUUCAACGUCUCUGCUUCUUUUUAUAUUGACUUCGGUGGCUCAGAUAUUGACGUUGCAUCUGUACUAAACUGUAAGUUAUGCUGUGAAUGCUCAGGCCCACCGUGUACAAAGCUGCCUCUUAUAAAAUGGAUGGAAAGACUUUUGACACAAGACCAUCGGAACAUGACUGAACUGCGCAAGUGGCAAAGAAAACAAAUACUUUACCUGAUUAAAUUAAAUUGUUAUCAGCAGGUUAGACUAAUUAAGGAAAAUUAUUCCUUUAGCCAUUAUUUUAUUCUUCUCUUCAAGAAGAAUUUCUAUAUCCCGUAAUGCUAUGGGAGUUGUAUAUUGCUUCUGUAACAUAGGUGUAAUUUAGAAUUAUCAAAAAAAAAAAAAAAAAGAUAAAUUUGUUUUUUGUUUUUGUAAAAAAACAUUAUAUUUUUCUGGAUAUUACAGGCACUAAACACCACUAAAUUUGAGUAUCAUACAACUGAUAACCAUAUAUUUUAUAAUAUUCUAAAUACUAAAAGAAACUUAGGAAAGUCGAUGACAAGCGUUUCAAAGUUUUUCUGAAUGUCUUCAAUUUUGACUCAGUCAUUUAUUAAGUUUCUUUUACUAUUUCUAAAUGUAGAACUGUUGAGCGUUUAAUAGUUAUGGAAGAUAUUUUAUCAUUUGUAAUACCUUGUGAGUGUUAAAAGUAUCUUAACAUGAAUUGUCUCACAGCAAAAAUGUAUUUUUUUUUUUUGCUGAAAUGUUUUGAAUUGGAGGUUAUUCAGCUAAUUUAUUAAAGUAUAUAGUACUAGGUAACAUUAAAUGUUUUUGACAGCU